ACACACACACACACGCAUACAAACACACAGUGACAGGCACACACACACACACCAGCGGAAUACUAGUUCGGCCGAAUCGCUGAAACUUUGACCACAACUUCAUAACAAAGCCUUCAGAUGUCAGGCACUCUCCGAUUCGUCGCGCUUGUACUCGCUUUAUCUUAGGGGUUUAAGGCGUUACAGAUGUAGGAUAGUAGCGUUUACUUCUCACGGAACUUUUUUCUUUCUUUUUUUAAUCGCUGCCUUUUUCCUGUUUAAGCCGCGCUCUCGUGCGCGCCGUCGCGCCUGUGUCACUCGUGCGCUGCCAACUCUAUGUGACGUUGGGCGUUUGUCGGUACCAUGGCGGAAGCGGCCCAACAGCAGCAACAGCAGCAGCAGCUGGUCGACAUCGACCCGGACUUUGAGCCCCUGUCGCGGCCCCGAUCAUGCACUUGGCCGCUGCCCCGACCCGAGUUCACCAACCCCGCCGACUCGAGCACGUCCUCGCCGGCCCCGUCUGUCAAGCACGAGCCGAGUGGCACUGCGGACUUCCUGACAAGCCUCAGUCUGCUUGAAGAAUCCGAGGACUAUGCUGACGACAAGCCGCUUGUUUUGUGCCCAGAUUUCCAGUGCCAAGAAAACUGCGGGCACCGACAGCAGCAGCCGCAGCAGCAGCGGCCGCAGAUCUCCGGCGCUCCGCUCCCCCCGCAGCAGCAGCAGCAGCAGCAGCAGCAACAGGUGCCGUUACUUUCCUCCUCGUCCACAGCGGCGGCGCAGAGGAAGAGCGGCUCGGCACGGCGCAACGCCUGGGGCAACAUGUCGUACGCUGACCUGAUCACCAAGGCCAUCGAGAGCUCGCCCGAGAAGCGCCUCACUCUGUCGCAGAUCUACGACUGGAUGGUGAAGAGCGUGCCUUACUUCAAGGACAAGGGCGACAGCAACAGCUCCGCCGGCUGGAAGAACUCGAUCCGGCACAACCUGUCUCUGCACAGUCGCUUUGUGCGAGUGCAGAACGAGGGAACGGGGAAAAGCUCAUGGUGGAUGCUCAACCCAGAGGGUGGUAAGAACGGCAAGUCACCUCGUCGCCGUGCCGCGUCCAUGGAUAACACCGGCAAGUUUGCCAAGAGUAGAGGGCGUGCUGCCAAGAAAAAGCUGGGCCUUCAGGGGGGUCCUGAUGCUGGUGCUGAAAGCCCAGGCUCUCAGUAUAGCAAAUGGCCCGGAAGCCCCAACUCACACAGCAACGAUGACUUGGAGGCCUGGACAACGUUCCGCCCUCGCACCAGCUCCAACGCCAGCACGGUGAGCGGCCGUCUUUCACCCUUCAUGCCCGAGCAGGAUGACUUGACUGACUCAGACAUGCACAUGGUCUACUCAGGACCUGGUUCGUCCGCCAAAAUGACCUCUACUCUCCCGAGCCUUUCAGAGAUGACCAGCUCCUUGGGCCAUGGCAGCACAGAGAAUGUGAUGGAAAACCUUCUGGACAAUCUCAACCUGCUCUCGCCAAAUAACCCAGCAUCAGCUGGAGGGCCCAGUUCAAGCUCCAACCAAUCAUCCCCCUCCUCUCUCUUACAGAGCAGCCCAGGAUAUGCACCAUACAGCAACCAGCAACCCCAGCAAGACUACCGCAAGUGCAUGUAUGGCCAGAGCAGCCUGGGAAAUCUGUCCUCUAUUCCCAUGCAGACUCUGGAGAGUAAGCCCUCUUUCCCAACAUCUUCUGGAUCCAUGGGGCAGUUUAACUGCCCAGCGGGGCUGCUUAAAGAGCUCCUGACCUCUGAUUCAGACCAGCAUACAGAUCUGAUUCCUUCUGUAGACACCGUGGUCUCCCAGACGGCCGGCAGAGGAGGACGCAUGCUGCCUUAUGGUAACGGGCGACCCGAACUAAUGGGGGGUGGAGCCUCCCAUGGCCAUGUCCUGUCUCACUCUCACAGCAUACAUGGCCAGGCACCACCUACCUCCGUGGCUCUGAAUGGCCGUCCAAUACAUCCCAUGAGCAACUUGACCCACGGAGGGCGUAUUGGGUCAGUCAAGUCAGCUAUGCAGAUGCAAUAUGGGGCUUCUGGUCACAUGGCAGGAGGUAGUGGGGCAGGAGGAGGACUCCCCUUCUGCAACAUCAAUGGCAAUGGCUAUGGCCCUGGACCAAGCCUGCCCCCUAUUCAGCACAUGGAGAAGCUGCCCAGCGACUUAGACGGCAUGCCUGUGGAGCGCUUUGAGUGCGACAUGGAGUCCAUCCUUCAUGACACACUCAUGGAUGGAGACACGCUGGACUUUAACUUUGACUCCAUGUCGAGCCAGCCUGGAUUCCCGCCACAUGGGGUCAAGACCACUACUCACAGCUGGGUUUCUGGGUAAAGGAAAGACCUUUCAGCCCCUCAGACUGGAGAGUAAGAGCCCAAAGAGGCAAUUCUCACCCGUUCAAGCUAUGCUCUCUUCACUCGCUUCUCAUCAUGGACAUUUUUCUGCUUUAUCCCAGCUCAGCCAUGGCUGUAAUGUGACUGCACAUUGCCAAGGACGUUUGUUCAGUAGGGAACUGAAGGAGGAACCUCCUGCUCCAGCAUUGCAAUGCGCCUUCAAACCAAGUGCCAAACCAGGUGCCUGUGCUCCUUAGCCAAAUCAAAUGUGCUUUAUUUUGCUGCCUUCUUCUCGCUAUAGAGAACCAGUGGUCAAAUCAGGGCAAAAACGGUGUGGUCCACAACUAAGACUCGCAUAUUAACUGCAGCACGCAUACACUUAUGCAACUACAGAUCUUCAUGGUUAUCAGAACCAUCAAUCCAAUUCUCUACUAAAUUCACACUGUGAUCGGGUGACACCCUAAAUUGAGGCACCUGUUCUUAAAAUCCAUGCCUUUUGUCUUCACCAGCCCUUUAAAAUGACCAUUGCAUGGUGAUGUAUACCUUUUCUCUAAAUGUCUAGCAUGCUGUUAGAGUCCAACCUGCUGCCUUUUGCUUUCUUAUGUCUACAUUCAGUGCUUAAUGCCAUAGAUAGCUCAAAGCUAACCUUAAUGGGAAAAAGAACUGGAUCCUGAAAAUGAGUGUACAUAGUUUUAUCUGGAGAAGGGCCUUUUCUUAGUAGGAUCUGGAAGAAGUUUAGGAAAAAGUCUCUGCCUACUUGGACUAUGUUACAUGAAUUAUUACAUCAUUUUCUGUUUUCUCCUCAAUGAGUUUGAAUCACAGCAGACAUACUUCAUACUUUUUAAUGAGAUAAUUUUGAUCAUGUCACAUACAGUACAUUUACAUGAAUAAUUCAGCAAUCAGGGCAGCAGAUUUGACGUGUUUUAGAAAUUGAGAGAAACUGGAUCUGACUCUUGACUUCUCAGUUGGCUCGUUCUCACUCAUGACUGUGUAAACCUUUCCACAUUUCCUGUAAAUAUAUGGUAAAUAUAUAUGGCAGAAGUAUAUAGUUGACACUUUUGAGAUUUUGUUUUGGAAAUUUUGUUAUUGUGUUUUUUUUUGUGUAUAUGGUUGGCUUUAGCCGAGGUUAGAUUAAGCUUGUAAAAUGCAUUUGAACAGUGUUCUGGGGUCCUUAAAGGACAGGUCCACCCAUUUUGCAAAGUUUCUUUAGUUGUCUGUAUCCUGAAAGCUCUCUUACAGGGUCAAUUUGUAUAAUUUUACGGCCUUUUAUGGGAGAUCUAUUAAUCAAUUGUUCAUGAAAUAAACUGCCAUCCUAAGAAGCUAUGAUUUAAUAGUAUACCAGUGACGAGUCUUUACCCUGUAGACUCUAUUAUUCGACUUAGCAUGGCAGAAAUUUUGACAAACUGUUGGACAUGUCCUUUACCAUUUCUCAUAAGGGCCCUCACACACGAGUCCUGAUGUAGUUAAGAACUACAGUGCAGAUGGGCACUUAUGUUAAAAGCUACAGACCUCUGCCUUUAAGAAAGUGUAGUGAAAUGUAUUUACUUUAUUUAUUAGCGUGAAGGAGAAGAGACGUGAUUGAGUCACGUCACAGAAUAAUCACAGAUUCUUUCUUUCUUUCUUUCUUUCUUUCUUUCUUUCUUUCUUUCUUUCUUUCUUUCUUUCUUUCUUUCUUUCUUUCUUUCUUUCUUUCUUUCUUUCUUUCUGUCUGUCUGCAUCUCUCUCUCUCUCUCUCUCAUAUUUCAGGCACUGUGAUGUACAUGCCAAUAUUUUUGUGAUGUUUCCAAUUGCUGAUGAUAGAAAAAAGGAAAAAUGCCUGUCUCAAAAUUGGACAAAUAGACCCACUGCCUGGCUUAUUCCUUUCACUUUCUUCCCUCCUUCCUUUUUAGCUGACUUGUCUCACUAUCCUCAUACAACCAUCAUAAAACCCAUUAGCCUUCACUUUGGCUUGUUCAGUCUGGCUACCAUGCUAUUCCGCUUUAGAAUUAGUAUUGGAAGUUGUCCAGUUCGGAGAAAACAGAUACCUUGCCUUUGGAAAAUCAAUAUCAUUUUAUAUAAAGUUAUAUAUAGUAGUUGCUGUUAUUUUAACAUAGACAUAUGUUUGUUUUAUUUGUGAGUUUCAUUACUGGCUGGAAUUGAGUUCACAGUGGACACUAAUUGUCCUGACUAAACUGAACAUCCUGAAAAACUGGUAAACCAGAGUCUAGGUCUAAAAGUUCUGGCACACAUCUGGAGACUUGCUGCAGGUGUCACUUAUGAAAUGCGAAAAACUGCAUGUGUUAGAUUUAGUGGAACAAAGGUAGCCAUCUGACUAAUUGGAAUAAUUGAAUAUCCAAAAUAAUUAAGUAGCUGAUAUUUGGUUAAUUGCUAGGCAACAAAACCAUGUUGUUAACAUGAUGUAACCAAGCAUCUUUUUUUUCACCGCAUUUCAGUUUUCCUCUCUGUAUAAACUGAAAUUCACAGAUUGGCUUGCAGUGUCACUGCGUACUAUAAAAUGUGCUUAAUGUAUAAUUUUAAAAAUUGGUGAUUGCAGUUUGAGACUUUUAAAUGAGCGUUAUCGGAAAAGUAUUGUCAUCCAGUAAGCUUCAUAUCUGACCACCCUCCUGUUCCCACAACGUCUCGAUACACACCAAGUUUCUACAUCAAUAUAUUUCCAGACAAGGGUUAUUUUUUUCCAUAUUUUCCAUGCUGAUUUCUUGCGGUCAUAGGGGCAUGACAAGUAUAUGAUUUCAGUACUCAAAUCCUGGCAUCUUGGUAACAGAAAUGGUUAAGCAGAUGUCCGAGUGCCCUGUGCACAUCCCUAAUCUAUGCAUAUAAUCACAAUCACAGACUGUUACUCACAUUCCCCAGUCAACCUACAGAAGUCUACUGUGGGCUCAGUAAACCUUCAGAGAUGAGUAUAUAUUACAUAAAUGACAUCUCAGUAAGUUUUCUCAAUAUCACUCCAUAAACCUCAUAGUAUGUCUUUUUUUUUUCCAUGAUCAGCUUUUGAGAAGUCGUAAGGAUUAAUUGAUGCAUUUAAACGGAAAUACCACAUAAAACCAGACCUACAUUAUGACCACAAUUAAAAUUAUUGCCACAGAGUGAUUUCUUAUCACAGAGUUUGGAUGCUCACUAUAUAUAUUACUCAGUCCCCGAAAGUUCAAUAGUUCCUGUUGUAUAAGGAUAGUGUUCUCUCUUCUCUCUCUCUCUCUCUCUCUCUCUCUCUCUCUCUCUCUCUCUAUAUAUAUAUAUAUAUAUAUAUAUAUAUAUAUAUAUAUAUAUCACAAUAUAUUUUUUAAUUCUUUGGUGCCUCGGAUUACCAAGACUUGGCCGAGUCAGAUACAAGCUUAUUCUGAAGCAUGGUAAAUAAACAGUGUUUUGCUGAAAUGUUAAGCAGUACAUCACUGAAAGACUUGAAUCUGUCCUGCAGGCUGAACUUGUUGAAUACUGACAUAUAUAACAACAAUACACCUAUAUUUUAACAUUAUGUGAAAGCGUCUAUCUUUUAAAAAGCGAUACGUAGCGACUUCUCCUUAAAUGUCGAACAGCUGACGUGUCACAGAAAUACUAUUAAGAAUAACGUCAAUCGAUUUCUUUACAUGAGGUUAGCGUGGGACACGCAGGCAGCAGCUACAAGACUGCCACAUAUCUAUUCUAUUACAGAAAGAAUUCUUUAUCCUAUGAGUUAUACUUCUUGUGCAGGCCACUCAUUAAAAAGAGAACUAUAACAUAGAAAAUGUCUACUAAUAUUAUUGGAUAUACCAUUAAACAUUAUUUUUAGAUAUGGGCAAGCUGACUUGUAUUGUAUAUGCUUUGUUAAUUUAGCAAAUGCUUAAACCUAUGCAUUCUUGUACUUCAUUUAUUACUUUUGUUACCUUGUUUGGUUUGUUUUUACUGACGACAAUAUAUUUCAUGUACUAUGGGCUUGUGGAGAAAUUAUGAUGUUAUGGAAAAAACAAAAAAUAUGAAGUAUUUAGACAGUAGAUUUACAUGUAAAGCUUUUUUUUUGUAAACUGACUCUGUUAUUCUUGUAUUUUACAGUGGGUUUUUAAAUUAAAGAAAGAAAUAAUAGAAAAAAAAAAACAGAGAAUUGCUUAAACGACAAGGAAAUUUGAUAAAGAUGAAUUCGUAAUUUGUGUAUUCAGAUUGAGGUUUGGACCAAUUUUUUUUUUAUAGAGGAGAAUCUAUAAUAAAUUAAGACGUUGCACUUUCAUAAAGAAACAAAGCAGUGAAGAUGUGACCUAUUUUGAAACGAAACUGUUACAUUUCUUAACUUAUGUACAGAAAUUCACAAUGAAAUUCUAUCUCUCAAUGUGCAAUCAGUGUAUGUAUAAAUAAUAAAUCUAUAUACAAGAGAAAUGCUAUUGUUUGGAGAUCAUUAUGCUGAUAUUUCCUUACUGAUACAUAUGUCUGUCUUACUUUUGGCAGUAAGUGACUGUCUUUUAGCCAAACAGUUUGUACAGUGUGAGGCUCUUUAAAUUACUUAUUUUUAUUUUGUUUUUCCUGAUGUGCUUGUAUUCCAAUACAACAACCAGAAUAUGUUGCUGCUGUAUGAAGCCAUAUAUGUAUAUAAAUGAUCUUAAACCAAGACAAAA